UCAAUUGUCAAUCAGAAAUAUAACAUAACCUAUAACCUAUAAUCUUCAGCGAACGUUAUUGAAUUAUUCUCAAAACUUUCAAUGAAAAGGUUUUUAAAAUCUCCUGUAAUAAAGUAUAAUGAAAGCCAGAUACUUAACAUUCUUCUCUUACAUAGGAACGCCUUUUAGGUCCUCUGAGAAAAUAUGGCUUAAGGAAGGUCGUAACCAUCCUGAUCCUGAAAGUGUGCAGGGUUUGAUGGAACUAGCGCUGCUGAAAUUGAGAUCUCUGAAUUAUCCUAACCUUGUCCUUUCCAGCCGUACAGAUGGUGGAGUCCAUGCAUUGAAUACUAGUGCACACUUUGACCUGGACAGAUUUGGCUCCAGUGUAUACGAACCUACAGGGAUCACGUACACUCUGAACAAGUUCUUCUACAACCACAAUAACAGUAUAUUUGUUAAGAAGGUGAUCAGAGUACCAGAUAACUUUAAUGCUAGGCAUAUGGCAAUUGGCAGAAGUUACUUAUACAGAUUAGCUGUAAAAAAGGAUAGCAUUUUGUUACCUGAAAAUGUAACUAUAGCUUCCUACAUACCUAUUGAAGAGUGGAAGAGGUGUCACUUUGUAAGAUUACCAGGCUUUGACAUAGAAAAAUUUAAAGAAGCUGCACAAUAUUUCAUUGGUACGCAUGAUUUCACGACAUUCAAAAAGUUUGACAAGUUAAAGCAACACAAGCACAACAGGAGAGAGAUCCAGUCCAUUGUGGUGAGACCUGGUAGGCCACUCAUCACCAGCUAUCCUCGGGAAGAUGGUAUAUUUGACUACUGGGAUAUAGAGAUUAGGGGGAGAGGAUUUGUACAUAACCAAAUACGCCGCAUGAUAGGAACACUAAACGCCGUAGCGAUAGGUAAACUGCCGGCUGAAGAAAUUAAAGUGAUGCUACAGGUGCCGUCCAAGCACUCCUGGCAUAACUUCAUACAGUCUGGCCCUCCCGACGGCCUGUACCUCUGUGACGUACACUACAGGCCUGAAGACCUCAUAUACGACCCAGAAAAGAAUCAAGAAAAAGAAGAGUGUCUUAGUGAUAGUGAAUGUGAUUGAAAGACAUUGACAGAGACAAAUAACACCAAAAUAGACUUAAUUAACUUGUAAAAUAAGGUUGAUUUUCACAUUUAACAAACAUUCUAUCUUUUCAAAAUGAGUUUUCUCAGCCAACUGCAGAAACAAAAGAACAAAUUGAAGGAAACUGAAACAGUCAUCACUAAAGUUGAUGGAAAACGAUACAUAGAGAAAGAUUCUAUGGUAACUGCAAUUUCUUCUAACAGUUACGGUUUUGUAGUUGACACGAAACCAGACAAUGUUCCUAUACUGAUAUCUGAUUACUUGUACAUAGGGUCGCAGGACUGUACAUCUGAUGAAGUGAUACAAACAUAUAAAAUCAAGCAUGUACUAAGUUUAGGUAUAAAUGUUCAAGUGUCAGUCAACAAUAAGUUCGUCAACUGCUUGGAUUUGCCUGAAACUAGUAUAAAAGAGAUACUGCUAGAUAGUUUACCAUUCAUUAGGAAUGCUGUGGAUGCUAAAGAGAAUGUUUUAAUUCAUUGCAAUGCGGGCGUUUCUCGGACUUCCAUGGUCGCCAUAGCUUAUCUAAUGCAUUACGAAAAGAUGAGCUACCAAGAAGCUUAUGAUCUUGUAAAAGCUAAAAGGCCCGCUAUCCAACCCAAUGACGGGUUUAAAAAACAAUUAAAGUCUAUGAAACCUGGAGAAAUAAUUUGAUAGAGUGCAAUAGAAUUUGGACUUUGUUGCUUAAUAAUAAGUGUUAUAUUAGCUGUAGUAAGUGUAGAUACUAGAUAGUAAAUAAAUAAAAUCUAUUUAUAAAUUAA